CUUCAGUACAAUAUUGCAAUAAUUAAAAUUUUUGUGUGUAACUCAUAGUACGGAUGAAUAAUUUCAUUUGGCAGUCAAUAGAAUAAACAAAAAUUUUAAAACGCUUGUGAAUUUAGAGCCAAGCACAAAAUGGAACCGACUACGGUUCAUCCCAUGGAUGAGUUUUGUGGCUCAAAAUUUUGGAAUGCAAGUCAGACCUGGUAUAAUGAUAAUCCAGAUUUUACAAAAUGUUUCGAAGAAACUGUUUUAGUAUGGACACCGUGCGCAUUUUUAUGGCUAUUUUCUAUUUUCGACUUCUACUACCUUAAAGCCAGUUUAGAUAAGAAUAUACCAUGGAACAAAUUAAAUUUAAGUAAACUCGCAGUGAAUUCAGGACUUUUGAUACUAACAGCAGUUGAUUUUAUAAUGGCGCUUGUAAAAAAAGGAGAUGAUGGUUAUGAUAUAAAUCCUGUUGAUGUAUGGGGUCCUGUCAUAAAAUUUGCAACUUUCUUGUUGUUGUUUAUAUUUAUACCACUCAACCGAAAAUAUGGUGUACAAACAUCUGGCUGUCAAUUUAUGUUUUGGUUUUUCUUAGUGAUAUUCGCGAUACCGCAAUGUCGUACAGAAGUACGUGAGAAAAAAGACAGAAAUUCUAGUGAGGUAGAUGAUCCAUGGGGCGAAUAUAAAUAUGUUAGCUUUAUGAUAUAUUUUGCAUUUUCAAUCGCCAUGUUGUUCCUUAAUUGUUUUGCUGAUGCAAUGCCAAGGGAAACAAAAUAUAACCGAACUUCGACUGAAAUGCCAGAAUGUUCUGCUAGCUUCUUGUCACGUAUUACAUAUCAAUGGUUUGAUAAAAUGGCUUGGAAGGGCUAUCGUAAUCCUUUAGUGGAGAAAGAUUUAUGGGAUUUACGUCCACAGGAUAGUUGUAAAGAAGUCAUGCCUAUAUUUGCUUAUUACUGGAAUAAAAACGUACGAAAAAAUUAUAAAGUGAGUCCUGCACAACCUAAGGCGCAAUUCAAAAAUGGAGUUGUUUCGUUUGAUAAUCCUCAUGGUGAAAGAACUGGUAAAAAGAAGGGCAUGGCUUCUAUUAUGCCGCCUAUUAUUAAAUCUUUUGGUGGAGUUUUCAUGUUCGGUGCAAUGAUGAAAUUGUUCACAGAUGUUCUAACAUUUGCUCAACCACAAGUUUUGCGUUUAAUUAUUGGUUUCGUUGAGGACUACGGCGAUGAAGACGCUGAACGACAACCAGAAUGGAAGGGCAUAUUGUAUGCAGUACUGCUAUUUUUAAUUGCUGCUGCUCAAACAUUUAUAUUGGGUCAAUAUUUCCAUCGCAUGUUUGUGGUUGGUUUACGUAUACGCACAGCUUUAAUUAACGCCAUUUACCGCAAGGCUCUUGUGAUAUCAAACACAACACGUAAGGAGUCUACGGUUGGUGAAAUUGUGAAUUUGAUGGCUGUUGAUGCACAACGUUUCAUGGAUCUAACAACAUAUUUAAAUAUGAUCUGGUCGGCACCUUUACAAAUAGGUCUAGCCUUGUAUUUCCUUUGGCAAUUAUUGGGACCUUCUGUUUUAGCUGGUCUUGCUGUUAUGAUAAUUUUAAUUCCUGUUAAUGGCUUUAUUGCAAAUAGAAUUAAAACCUAUCAAAUACGGCAGAUGAAGUACAAAGAUGAGCGCGUUAAAUUGAUGAAUGAAGUUCUAAGUGGUAUUAAGGUUUUAAAAUUAUAUGCAUGGGAGCCAAGCUUUGAAAAUGAAGUACUCAAAAUAAGAGAAAAUGAAAUUGCCACACUGAAAGCGACCGCUUAUUUGAACGCCAGUACUUCGUUCCUCUGGUCCUGUGCACCAUUUUUGGUGUCAUUGGUCACUUUUGCGACAUACGUUUUAAUUGAUGAAAAUAACGUCCUCGAUGCAACUAAAACAUUUGUUUCAUUAUCAUUAUUCAACAUUUUGCGCUUUCCAUUGACCAUGUUGCCCAUGUUAAUUACUAACAUGGUUCAAACGCAAGUGUCCGUUAAACGUAUUAAUAAGUUUAUGAAUAGCGAAGAACUUGAUCCAAACAGUGUGCAACAUGAUCCUAAAGCAACUCAUCCCAUGAUCAUUGAGAAUGGCAAUUUCUCCUGGGGAGAAAGUGAUGUUACACUGAAAAACAUUAACAUGGAGGUUCAUAAAAAUACGUUAUGUGCUAUUGUGGGUACUGUUGGUUCUGGAAAAUCAUCGGUUAUACAAGCCUAUCUUGGUGAAAUGGACAAAAUAUCGGGUCAUGUAAAUACGGUUGGUUCGAUGGCAUAUGUACCACAACAAGCUUGGAUACAAAACGCCACGUUGCGUGAUAAUAUACUCUUUGGUAAACCAUAUGAUCGCAAGCGUUAUAAUCGUGUCAUCGAUGCGUGUGCAUUGCGUGCUGAUAUAAGCAUACUGUCUGCUGGCGAUAUGACUGAAAUUGGUGAGAAGGGUAUAAAUCUUUCUGGUGGGCAGAAGCAACGUAUAUCUUUAGCACGUGCAGUAUAUAGCGACGCUGAUUUGUAUUUACUCGAUGAUCCAUUAAGCGCUGUUGAUUCGCAUGUUGGUAAGCACAUUUUCGAAGAAGUUAUUGGUCCAAAAGGUAUGUUAGCAAAGAAGACACGAGUUUUGGUUACACACGGUAUAACAUUCCUGCCACAAACCGAUAAUAUUUAUGUUAUGAAAAUGGGAGAAGUAAGUGAAAGUGGCACAUAUCAAGAAUUGUUGAACAAGAAGGGUGCAUUUUCUGAUUUCCUUAUACAACAUUUGCAAGAUGGUAGUGAAGAAGUUGAGGACUUAGACGAAAUCAAACAACAGUUAGAAGGCAAUCUAAACUCUGAAGAAUUGCUUGGCACUUUCGAAAAGGUUAUUUCCUUAGCACGUACUGAAAGUUUGUCGGAUUCAGUCUCUGUAAAAUCGCUUGAGAGUGGCAAAGGUAGCUUGAGAAGACGAAAAAUGGGCCGACAAGAUUCCGAAAUGUCUGUUGUGUCAACUGUAUCGCAGAAAAAAGCUUUGGCGGCCGAGGAGGGUAAACUUAUUGAAACUGAAAAGGCUGAAACUGGAAGUGUGCAAUUUGCUGUGUAUAAACAUUACAUAAAGAGUGUUGGCAUAUUUUUGUCAGCAGCCACUCUUAUAUUAAAUUUCGUAUUCCAAGGUUUCCAAAUUGGUUCGAAUUUGUGGUUGACAAAAUGGUCUACAGAUACGCGUGUAGAAAAUGACACUGGCUUACGAGAUAUGUACUUGGGUGUAUAUGGUGCUUUUGGUUUUGGACAAGGUAUUUUCGCCUAUUUUGCUGUUGUGCUUAUGUAUUACGGCACAUUCCGUGCGGCCAAGCGUAUACAUAAUGAGCUGUUGUACUACAUCAUACGUGGUUCGGUGUGUCGGUUCUUCGAUAUAACACCUAUCGGACGUUUGUUAAAUCAUUUCAGUGGCGAUAUGGAGGUCAUCGAUGAGGAGCUGCCAGGCACAUUGGAUAGUUUUUUGACUUUUAUUUUUAUGGUCUUAGCUACGAUUGUGGUCAUCAGUAUAUCCACUCCUAUUUUCUUGGCAGUUAUCGUGCCCAUAGCGUUCCUUUAUUACUUUGCGCAACGUUUCUAUGUGGCCACAUCACGACAGUUGAUGCGUCUUGAAUCGGUAUCAAGAUCUCCUAUAUAUUCACAUUUCGGUGAAACUGUGACUGGUGUUUCAACAAUACGUGCUUAUUCUGUACAAAAUCGGUUCAUUGAUGAAUCAGAUGGAAAGGUCGAUCAAAACCAGGUCUGUAAGUAUCCUUCGUUGAUAGCGAAUCGUUGGCUUGCUAUACGCCUGGAAAUGGUGGGCAAUUUAAUUAUAUUAUUCGCUUCACUAUUCGCUGUGCUUGGCGGUCAAACUAAUCCGGGUUUGGUUGGUCUGUCAGUAAGUUAUGCGCUACAGGUAACGCAAACUCUCAACUGGUUGGUACGUAUGACGUCCGACAUCGAAACAAAUAUUGUGGCUGUCGAACGUAUAAAGGAAUAUGGUGAAACCAAACAGGAAGCAGCUUGGGAAAUCGACAAUGUUAAGUUACCACAAAAUUGGCCACAAAAUGGUUCAGUGGCAUUUGAAAACUUUAAAGUGCGUUACAGGGAAGGUCUUGACUUGGUACUUAAAGGUGUUAGUUUUCAUAUUAUGGGUGGUGAGAAAGUUGGUAUCGUCGGUCGUACUGGUGCCGGUAAAUCAAGUUUGACACUUGCAUUAUUUAGAAUUAUUGAGGCUGCCGAAGGUCGUAUUCUUAUUGAUGAUGUCAACAUUGCCACAUUGGGUUUACACAUGUUGCGUUCACGUUUAACUAUAAUACCACAAGAUCCAGUUUUAUUCUCUGGCUCACUUCGUAUGAAUUUGGAUCCAUUCCAAAUAAAAUCAGAUGAAGAAAUAUGGAAAGCAUUGGAAUUGUCUCAUUUAAAAAUAUUUGUAAAAUCCUUACCAUCCGGCUUGAAUCAUGAAAUUAGUGAAGGUGGUGAAAAUCUCUCAGUCGGUCAACGUCAAUUGGUCUGUUUAGCACGUGCCUUAUUACGUAAAACGAAAGUGUUAGUUUUAGAUGAAGCAACUGCUGCUGUCGAUUUGGAAACCGAUGACUUAAUUCAGAAAACUAUACGAACAGAAUUCAAAGACUGCACCGUCCUGACAAUUGCACAUCGUUUGAAUACGAUUUUGGAUUCGGAUAAAGUUAUUGUACUGGAUAGAGGACAAAUAACAGAGUUUGACUCGCCGACAGCAUUAUUGAGUAAUCCAAAUUCGGCAUUCUACGGCAUGGCGAAGGAUGCCAACUUAGUUAAUCGUCGCAGUUCUUCAAUUGCAUAAAACAAAUUUAAUAUACAAUAUUAAGAAUACGCAAUUUAUUUAACUUUAUGUAUUGCAAAUUGGAUGUCUACAAAAAACCAAGUCUCAAGAAAUGUAUUGAAAUCUGGAAAUAUGGAACUAUGAAUUCGUAAUAAUUUCAAGAAAAGUAGUGAUGUGAAUAAUAAAAAUUCUCAAAAUUCUCUUUUGUAAAAUAAAAAUUCUGAAAAUAAAGUCCGUAGAACCUAAAGCCAGUUUUCAGUGCUAUUAAAAUUAUUCAAUUGUAAUCAUAUAUGAAAACACUACCUCAGAAAAAAAGAUAUGAAUGCAUAAAAUAUUAAAUUAAUAAAUGAAUACUCACCAGAGUAUAUAGAUGUCAAUAUGAAACAAGUACAGGGAUUGCAAAUCUUUUCUGCAUUAAGUUCAAAUACCAAUAAUUAUGUCCUUUUUACUACUAAUACGGACUCGCUUUCGGCAAGUGCUUAGCUAUUCCUAUUCAGUGUAUGCCUCAACAUUUUUACUAUUUACAAACAAUUCUGUUGCCACAUAAAAAACAAACUUAAUUAAACCCUAAACUAUUUAGUAAAAUUAAUAUAAAUGCUUAGACAUAUACGUAUAGACGAUUUGUGUAUGUACAUACAGAUAUAUUUUGUUAAUAAUUUAUACAUAAAUUAAAAUGUAUUUUUGAAAUUAAGCAAAAAAAACUACUGCCUUUAUACGAAAACUAUUGUGAGUUUCUUAUACGAAAACUAAACUACUCUUAAAUUAAAAAAAAAAUGUAUUCAAAAUUAUAAAUAUAUAAAAGCAAA